AGUCCAGCUUCGGCACACGCGGGACAAGCUAAAUGAGACAAGACCCCGGUCUGAAGAGUGAGCACCACUGCUGCAGGCUUUGUGUUCAUUCAUGUUUAUAGCACAACAAAAAACAGGUAACUGGACUGGACUACCGUAAACAAUCAAAAACAACUUUCACAUAAAAAGUGUAAAUCGGUGUAAACAGGAUUAUAUUCAGGUUAAGCAAGUUUCGCUAGCUAGGACAAGUCUCCUAGAUAGACAGGGCUAGAUUACAAAACUCUUCUGUGCUGGGAUUAUGAGCAGCCCACAGGAGCACUUCCUGAAUCACAUUUUUUCUUUCCAGGCACAGAAUAGAAAUGGCCACGCAAAGGAGCUUUUUGCGGGACGCGUCUCAUCAGAUCAUAGCAGGCGGAUCAGCAGGUCUGGUGGAGAUCUGUCUGAUGCACCCGCUGGAUGUUGUGAAGACCAGGUUCCAAAUUCAACGUGGAGUGAGUGACCCAAACAGCUAUAAAGGCCUGGGGGACUGUUUCAAGACCAUAUUUUACAAAGAGGGAGUGUAUGGUUUUUACAAGGGAAUCCUGCCACCCAUUCUAGCCGAGACACCAAAGAGAGCAGUUAAGUUUUUCACCUUUGAGCAAUACAAGAACCUGCUAAGUUAUACUGCCUUAUCUCAGGGUCUGGCUCUCUCUCUAGCUGGGCUCGGCUCAGGUUUAACGGAAGCUGUGGUGGUUAAUCCGUUCGAGGUAGUAAAAGUAAGCCUUCAGGCCAACAGGGAUUCUUUCAACGUGCAGCCAUCCACAUUCAGCCAGGCUCGAAUGAUUAUUAACUCAGAUGGCUUUGGACUGCGUGGACUAAAUAAGGGCCUGACUUCCACUCUGGGACGGCAUGGAGUCUUCAACAUGAUCUACUUUGGCUUCUACUUCAAUGUUAAAAAUGCCAUUCCUGCCAGCCAGGAUCCUCGCCUGGAGUUUAUGAGAAAGUUUACUAUAGGUUUGCUGUCAGGAACCAUCUCAUCUUGUGUGAACAUCCCCUUUGACGUGGCUAAGAGCCGUAUCCAGGGUCCACAGCCUGUCCCAGGGGAGAUAAAGUACAGGAGCUGCUUCCAGACCAUGACUCUGGUUUAUCGUGAAGAAGGAUAUCUUGCAUUAUAUAAAGGACUCAUUCCCAAGAUCAUGAGACUUGGACCAGGAGGUGCUGUCAUGCUGCUAGUGUACGAGUAUGUCACCGGCUGGCUGCAAACAAACUGGUGAUAAGAGCUGUCAUGCGGCAGCCAAAUUUCACUUUGUCACAAGUACAUGCAUCAGUCAGCUGUCAAAACAUGCCAGUGUCUUCUUUAAAAAAAAAAGUAUAAAAUUGAUUAAUAGUAAUAAUUGGUAAAAAUUAGCCCUGAACUACAAAACGAUGCAUUACAUCUCAUUUUGCGCUAAUGGAUGUUGAGAGAAAUAUGCAAAUAUUGCGAUGGUGUCAAGGAAAUCUAAUAUGCACUGGUACUGUAACAACAGCAGAACUUUAAACACACGCAAGGGCAGUUUUUUUAAUUCACAAUACACAGGAAAUAGAAUCAGAUACAGCUCACGUUAAAACAAGUUAAAGAAUCUCAUCACUUUUAAUGAAAGCUCACAUCCUUUUUGCAGGAACACCACCACAGAAUCCUUUUUAGCUCCAAAAGACAUACUAAUGAGAGUGAUGUUGAGCUCUGCAACACUUUAUGAUUAGUCAGAAGUUUGUAUUAAGUCAAUUCUUGUUAAUAUGUAUCCAGAUUUUGUGAAAUUUGAAUAAGGCAAAAAAAAAGUAUGAUUCUUUGUCAUCUGUACCAUUCAGACCAUUCAAAGUAGCAUUCAGUCAAAUGUGUAGCAAUUUAAUUUUAAAUUUAUCUUAAUGUGUGAUAAACAUGAUAGCAAUUAUAUGAACAUUGAAUUAAAAAUAUUUUAUCAAAUAAUUGUUUUACAAUACAGUUUACAAUGUUUGUAACUUCAUUAGUCAAAGUCGGACUUGAAUAGUUGCUCUUGAUUUUUUUUUUUGUUUAAAACUCUGCCGUAGAUCAACUGCAAACUGUUUAAAUUGGAUGAACUGAUUUUUUUUUUAAAGGCUGUGCUUAAUCAACACAAUAAAAUAGUAGAAGUAAUAGUGGAACAAGAGAACUGUGUAGAAAUGCUAAAAUGUGAUAUGUAUGUUUUUGAUUUCACAACGGACAUCUUUGAGUUAGUCUUUAAUGAAGAUGUUUGUUGGAGAACUUUAAAUAAAACCCUCAGAUUUC